AAAUGAUGCAUAUGUAUGGGUGGCGGCGGUGGUGAGGUUGUCAACAUGUCUUCAGCUGACUGGGAGGAAGUCAAGCGCCUCGCUGCUGAUUUUCAGCGAGCUCAGCUCUCCUCAGCUGUCCAGAAAUUAUCUGAACGUAACUGUGUUGAAAUUGUCAACAAGUUAGUUAAGCUUGGGUUGCUAGAGAUCUACCACACUAACGAUGGCAAGGAAUAUAUUACCCCAGCUCAACUUACUAAGGAGAUACAAGAUGAACUCUUUGUCCAUGGAGGGCGGGUGAACUUGGUGGAUCUGGUAAAUGUGUUAUCAGUUGAUCACAGUGUAAUAGAAAAGCGAGCCUCAGCUCUGGCUCACUCUGACUCCAGUAUAUCCUUUGUCCUUGGUCAGCUUAUUACACAGGAUUAUCUAGAUGCUAUUGCUGAGGAGAUAAAUGAAAAACUCCAGCAGGAAGGUUCAGUAACAAUUGCAGACCUAGUGAAGCAGUAUGAAUUACCUGGAGAUUAUAUGCUGGAGUUUAUCGUUGAUCGGCUGGGCAGCGUCAUCCAGGGACAGCAAGAUACACACGAUCGAACAGUGAUAUUUACUGAUGCCUUUGUGGCAAGAAACAAAGCUCAUGUGAGAGGUGUCUUGUGUGCCAUCACACGACCUACACAAGUAGCUUCCAUUAUUAUGCAACAUGGCUUCCAGCAGACACUAUUCUUCAGUGAACGUGAAUGAGAUGGUCCAGCACCAGAGGUGGAAGGUUGAGUGUCAUCUGGUUUU